CAAGUUCAUUACCUCACUAUCACUUUGUCUAAACAGGAACGAUGAUCACACUCUUUGUGGCUCUUUACUCUCUGCUUUGUCUCUGCACAACUGUAAAGACUUCUGACAUCAAGGAACUUAACAUCAAAAAAAUAAAGUGUGGAGGAGCUGUAACUAUGGAGUGUAACGUCAAAAGCAGAAGUAAUUUAGCUUGGUACAAACAAAGUUGUGAAAAAUUGCCCCAGUUUGUAGCGAGAUAUUACGGGCAAAAAUACCUAUUGGCUGAGCGAUUUAAUAAUAGCCGCUUUAGUGUUACUUUAAAAGACCAAAAGUUUGAUCUCAACAUUAAUGAAAUAAGAGAAGAUGAUGGAGGAGAAUAUUUCUGUGGAUAUGUGGAGGGAAGUACAGUAAAGUUCACAUCUGGAACACGUCUGCAGUUUGAAGGUGAAGAGAUGAAACCCUGUCCUACACCUGGAACACUUAACAAGAACACACACUCUGUUACACACCAGGGUUCAAACAGCAGUGAUGGAGAAGGUAAAGAGAUGAAACCCUGUUCUACACCUGGAACACACGACGUCACACCUCCUGAUACAGGUUACAGCUCUACUGAUCAGAUGCGUGUGCUGUUCUGGCUCUCUGUUUCUAGAGUUGGAGUUCUUGUCUUCAUUAUUUUUCAAACGAUGCUGAUUGUUUACAAAUUAAAAUAA